GAGUGAGUUCAGUUCCCACACACACUUCUUAGACAGCACAAGUGCAGUAUACUGUUCUCUUCCGUCUCAUCUCUCUCUUUGCUCCAAUCCUUUCUCUGGUUUCUGAAUUUCGGUGACUUAAGAUGGCGAUGAAGAGUGCUGCCACCUCUGCAAUCCGUGCUUUUAGUUCUUCAACAAACCCUGCCAGAGGCCUUCAUGCUUCACCUGACAGCAAGAAGAUUGUGGGUGUGUUCUACAAGGCAAACGAGUAUGCUUCCAUGAAUCCGAAUUUUGUGGGCUGUGUUGAGAAUGCAUUGGGCAUACGCGAAUGGUUGGAAUCCAAUGGUCACCAGUACAUAGUCACUUCGGACAAAGAAGGUCCAGAUUGUGAGCUUGAGAAACACUUACCUGACCUCCACGUGCUGAUAACGACCCCUUUCCACCCGGCAUACGUGACUGCCGAAAGGAUCAAGAAAGCAAAAAACUUGAAACUUUUGCUCACUGCUGGAAUUGGCUCUGAUCAUAUUGAUCUGAAGGCUGCGGCUGAUGCUGGAUUAACAGUGGCCGAGGUCACUGGAAGCAAUGUUGUCUCAGUUGCUGAAGAUGAACUCAUGAGGAUUCUCAUUCUUGUUCGGAACUUUUUGCCUGGAUACCAUCAGGUUAUUAAUGGGGACUGGAACGUCGCAGCUGUUUCUCAUAGAGCUUAUGAUCUUGAAGGUAAGACAGUUGGAACAGUUGGAGCUGGGCGUAUUGGCCGACUGUUACUCCAGAGACUGAAACCUUUCAACUGUAAUCUGCUGUACCAUGAUCGUGUUAAGAUGGAUCCGGAGCUAGAGAGUCAAACUGGAGCAAAGUUUGAGGAAGAUCUAGAUGCAAUGCUUUCGAAGUGUGACAUAAUUGUCAUCAACACACCUCUUACUGAGAAAACAAAAGGGAUGUUUGACAAAGAGAGGAUAGCUAAGCUGAAAAAGGGAGUUUUAAUUGUGAACAACGCUAGAGGUGCAAUCAUGGACGCACAAGCAGUUGCUGAUGCUUGUUCCAGUGGGCAUAUUGCAGGUUACAGUGGAGAUGUUUGGUACCCACAACCAGCCCCUAAGGAUCACCCCUGGCGCUACAUGCCAAACCAAGCCAUGACCCCGCACAUUUCUGGAACUACCAUUGACGCACAGUUGCGUUAUGCGGCUGGAGUGAAGGACAUGCUGGACAGGUAUUUCAAGGGUGAGGAUUUUCCUCAACAGAAUUACAUUGUCAAGGAUGGAGAACUCGCGAGCCAGUACCGCUAAAUGUGCUUCACCAACUGUUGAGAUUCCGGCUUCCAUGAGGGUUGUCAUGUGUAGUUCAAUGCUACCUAAAUAAACCAACCUUUCUUUUGUAAUUUCCCAUCUUUAUGUAGUUCCAUAAGUGUGCCAAAUGGGCAGUUCUUGCCCAGAAUCUGAAAGUACCAAUCAGUGUUUCCUUUAUUACAUCUCUUAUUGUUCUCA